AGGAGCAAGCCCAGCGCACUGGUUCUACAGCAGAGCCAAACAUGCUCUUUCAAAAGGCUUGUAAAGAAUAGACGAGGUUCGUACAUCGAUGAUAAUUGACUGAAUGUCGGGUGGUAUUCUGGAUCAUCAUGCAUACGGCAAGUUUUCAUUUACCGUGCAGGGUCAAUAUCGGCAAGUCUUCACGAUGCCGAUCCACCUCCGAAAUCGCAUCAUCCGCAAGCAACCUGUAAUUCCUCAUGCUGCCCAAAGCCGGCCUUAGGUAAAAGCGCAGAUUAUUAAUGAUCAAUGAGUAAAUGUCACUCACGCCCUAUGAAUUAGGAGCCAAGUACCUCCAGACUCGAAAUACCUUAUCGUGCGCCUCCUUGUAACUCAAUCAGCCUGAUGCAAAAGAGGACGAGAUACGACCAAGUCUCCACUUAGAGCAGCCAAGAGAUGGUUAUUACUUAACAACCUCUUCCUCACAUCUCGAAAUUUCGCUUCCUGCUCAAACAAAAUAUCUCAACGCCAUCAUGUCUUCCAACGGAGCUGAGCGUCUAGCAAACAGAAAACCCAUCAAGAAGCCCGUCCCAGCUUAUCUCCCCUCCCCAGGCUCAGUCCUCACCGUCGACAAGGCGCUAUACACUUCCAUCCGCGAAGCACCCCGUGAACUCAUCGAGGAAUUCACUUUACCAAUUCGAUCUGGAAAAGCAUGGAAAGCUCCAGCGGGAUGUAUUGUCAAGAUCAGCACGCCUGAGGGGCCGCAGGUUGGUGACUUGAAUAUCUGGAACGCUCAUAACCCGCGUGAACGCUUCUGGGCGUCCCGCACCAAACAACUCCACGCCUCACACGUCUCAACGUACGACCGUCUCUGGUCCAACCUCCCCUACAUGCGUCCCCUGGCCACCAUAAUCACCGACACACUAGACUGGUACGGCACAGAUGAGCACGGAGGUCGAGUGCACGAUCUUCUCGGCACGCGAUGUGAUCCGUACAUCAACACUGUUCUCAGCGGAGGACAGUAUAACUUCCAAUGCCACUCUAACCUUACCCGCGCGGUGUUGCCCUAUGGUUUGAAUGAGGGUGAUGUUCAUGAUGUUAUUAACAUCUUUCAGGUCACGGGGUUAGAUGAGCAGGGGAGAUAUUUUAUGAAUCCUUGCCCGGCGGAGAAGGGGGAUUAUAUUGAGUUUUUGGCGGAGCAGGAUUUGCUUAUGGCUUUGAGUACAUGCCCCGGUGGUGAUUUGUCCCUUUGGGGUUUUGGAGAGGACAGUGAGGAGGAGAUGAUCAAGUGCUGUCGACCUCUCAAGGUUGAAGUUUAUCGUCUCAAGGAUGAGUCUCUGCUACAGAAGGGCGGAUGGAAACCUGCUGAGGUAUCUGGGUACAAGGGACGGCAUGGCUUAGAUGUUCCUCUUGGUGAGAACAGAGAGGAGAAGGCUUAGAUAAAUAGAAAGAAAUACUAUCUCACUUAUCACAAUCUGGCCCUUGACUUUUACAUACGCCCGGUCCAACCCUAUUUUGUUCACUGAAUCUUCUCAGCCUUGCCCUCAGCGCUAAGAACAGACUCAUCACGAUGCUGCAUCAACGCAACAACCGCCCCUCCCGGCCCUGACAAGAGCACACUCGUAACAAUCCCCCUCACAAGAUUAGUCCUCUCCUCACCAACCCUCAACUCCGGCUUAACCUCCAACAGCUGCUGCAGCGCCCACACAAGCGCCGCCACAGACCCCGUCGCAAAAUCGUAGAUCAAAAAGUUAUGCAUAGCCGCUGCGGCACUGGACAUGGGUUUGUACGAAUGAGGCGCCGCAUCGGGAAUGAAGACCCUGUUCAUGCUCAAUGACUCUGCGAUGCCAGAGGGGAAGAUGUUUGGGAGGAGGCUUGCCGUGGUAAGGACGGCGUAGGUUGUCAUCUGGCCUAUGACUGCGACGUUCCAUGCGAAGCUGUAGGCAUGCGACAAAGCAAUCUUGUCGAGCACGACCUUUGGCUUAUGCGCAUCUUGCCCAACACUCAGCCUCUUUAGAACAACAGUGAAUGCCGCUUGAAGUGUGAAGAUAUAAACUGGGGCGAUGGCCCAGACUGCAUUAGCCCACUGUCGAACAUUGAAGUUUGAGAAUGGAUACGCCAUGAAAAUACACGGCACGAUGUAUCCAAGCAUGAAAGACGGAACGACCGUAUGAAGGCACAAGUAGUCGCGAAGAUGAACACUCUCAGACCUUGGUGAUCCAGCUGUGAAGAUCAAGUGAAUGACAAAGUAAAGCGGCGCAACGAAUCCAAAGCCAAGACUCUGCACCGCAAAUUCCCAAAAGACACCACUACAUCCAUCGUCAGCACAUCAAUUCUCAAUUCUCAAAAUAACUUACUUUAGCACAACCGGACUCCAAGCAAGCACCCUCUGCGCUUCAAUCAGAAACACCACAAAAACCGCAAUCAACUGCGCCCCAAAACAAAACGUGAACAGCGAAAGUUCCGGCCUCGAGCCAUCGGUUACAUUCGCCCAGAUAACAUUCGAAAAGGCGAAAAAGUCAUCAGCUGGUCCUAUUCCGGUGUAUUGUUUGAGAAGUAAGCGAUUAGUAUCGGGGAGGAAGCGUGGGAGGGGGUCGUGGGUUAUGGAUUUUAGCAUGGAGGUGUAGCCAUUGCGAUCGAGUUGGAGAAUGAGCGCGUCGAAGCCGAAGAUUGUGAGGAUGGAGAGGAGGAUGAGUGUUGGGAUACGGGAGGAGAGACUAGGAGCCGUCAUUGUGAUUGUGUUGAAUGUGUGAGUUUGAGUUGAUUGAGGAUGACGAGAUGAAGAUGAUGGUGUUUGAGGUAAUCGUGUUGGUUACAGUAAGCCCCAUCAGGACCCCGUCAGA